GUAAAUCUUCGUUCAGCUAAGUGUAAAAUAAGAAGUGGUGGAGAACCGUCAAACUUCUUAAGGAAUCUCCUGCUCGCCCUUCUGUCUGAGCUAGGAGAAAAAGAGAAUGACGAAUAAAUUACAGACUUUUUCGUGACCGACUUUGCCUGCCCAUUGCUUGUCACUAACUGGGGUAUGACGUCAGUUACGGAUCUAUUUCUUGGUCAUUAUUACCUUGUCAUGGUGUCACCGUAGCAACGGGGUCAACCAAUACAUUAUGUAACAAAGCAUGUGAAACUAUGUGGUUAUACUGGAAAACGUUGGUACCACCAUGGAAACCCGUGGUAGAGCUGUGCCAGGUGGCACUGCUACCAGUCCCGAAUCUGCAAUGGCAUCAGAAUUAUUUGACCAGUUUGUAUCAGCUGGAACUUUUAAAUCAGUUUUGUCCACAUACCGCCAGUUAUGUGAAGUUUUGCGACUAAAGCCUACAAACAUAACAAAUUUUUAUCCUCGAUUAAAAGCAAAACUUCAUUCAUGGAGGGCAGCUUCAUUGUGGACAAAAUUAGACAAAAGAGCAAGUCACAAAUGCUACAACAGAGGCAAGGCUUGUCCUAACACUAGAGUUUUAAUUAUUGGUGCAGGCCCUUGUGGUUUGAGGGCAGCAAUAGAAGCUCAACUUUUAGGCGCUAAAGUUGUUAUUGUAGAAAAAAGGGAUCGCUUUUCAAGGAAUAAUGUUUUACAUUUAUGGCCUUUUGUUAUACAUGACCUUCGUAACCUUGGAGCAAAGAAAUUUUUUGGGAAGUUUUGUGCUGGCUCAAUUGACCAUAUAAGUAUUCGGCAACUACAAAUCAUCCUCUUGAAAGUAGCACUACUUUUAGGUGUUGAAGUACAUGAAAAUGUUGGUUUUGAAAGCUUAAUUGAACCUUCUGAAGAUCAAACACGAAUUGGUUGGCAUGCUCGAGUUUCUCCUCCAGAUCAUCCUGUAUCUCAGUAUGAAUUUGAUGUGCUUAUUGGUGCUGAUGGCAAACGGAAUACACUACUUGGUUUUAACAGAAAAGAAUUUCGAGGGAAGCUAGCUAUUGCUGUUACUGCAAAUUUCAUCAACAGGCAUACUAUUGAAGAAGCUAGAGUACCUGAAAUAAGUGGGGUUGCAUUUAUAUUUAACCAAAAGUUUUUUCAGGAUAUGAGAGAGCAGACAGCUAUUGAUCUUGAAAACAUUGUGUAUUACAAAGAUGAUACUCACUAUUUUGUAAUGACAGCCAAAAAACAGAGCUUAUUGGAACGAGGUGUUAUUAUCAGAGAUUAUAAUGACACUGCAAGACUCCUUGCUGCAGAAAAUGUCGACCGAGAAGCGUUAAUGGAGUAUGCCCGGGAUGCUGCUGAUUUUGCUACUAGUUAUCAACUUCCAAGUCUUGAUUUUGCUGUUAAUCAUUAUGGGCAAGCAGAUGUUGCUAUGUUUGAUUUUACGUCUAUGUAUGCAGCUGAAAAUGCUUGUCGCGUUAUAGAAAGGAAAGGACAUAAAUUGCUUCAAGGUCUUGUUGGUGAUAGCCUUUUAGAGCCUUUCUGGCCAACUGGUUCUGGUUGUGCUCGAGGUUUCCUAAGUUCUUUUGAUGCAGCCUGGAUGAUAAGGAGUUGGGCUUCUGGUAGACUUUCACCAUUGCAAGUGCUUGCGGAAAGAGAAGCUAUUUAUCGUUUGUUAGCUCAAACUACUCCAGAAAAUUUAAGCAAAGACUUAAAUCAGUAUACUCUUAAUCCAUCUUCAAGGUACCCAAAUCUUAAUCUUCAAGCAGUUCUGCCUUCUCAAGUGCGAUCGCUAUAUGAUACAGAUGGAAAACUGGAAGAAAGCAUCAUUGAUGUCACUGUUGAAGCACCAAAAAAGAAGAGGAGGAAAGAAUCCAUGAUCCAUCCUGAUACAUUGCUUAACUGGUGCCAGAAACAAGUAGCACUGAAUGACAAAAUCAAAAUUAAUGAUUUCACAUCAUCCUGGAAAAAUGGAUUAGCUUUAUGUGCAAUAUUGCACCGUUAUCGACCUGAUCUCAUUGAUCUUUUAGCUCUAGAUCCAGAAAAUGUUGCAAAAAAUAAUCAGUUGGCUUUUGAUAUUUGUGAAAAGGAACUUGGUAUUCCACCUGUUAUGACUGGUCAAGAAAUGGCUGAAUGCUCUGUUCCAGACAAAUUAACCAUGGUGUCUUACAUAUCGCAAGUAUAUGAAAGUUUUCGUGGAGAGAUUCCUGUUAUUGGUUAUCCAAAAAUUAAUGCUAAUGAAGAAAGAACUGCGAGUCCUAAUAAGCAACUACAUAGUACACCUUUGUCAAUUAUAAACAAAAUCAGUUGCAGAUUUCAGCAUAAAAGAAAAUAUUCAGUUGAAAAAGAGUUGUCUAAAGAAAGGGAAAGAGGUGAAAAUGUAAGGCGGCGUUCUUCCUCACUAUUUGCUCAUAAAAGAAAAUCCAAGGAAAAAGGAGUACCCUCAGAUAUUUUGAAACAAGAUGUUAUAUUAACGGACUAUAAAAGUAUCACUGCCAACAAGCCUAGAGAAUCGAUCAACACUCGAGUGAAGAAUUUGGAAGCAAAAAUAGCAAGAGAUGCUGGUCACAGAUUUUACAAUACUGAAGAAUCUGAAAGUUCAAAAGCAUCACGUAUUCGAUCUGAACAAACAGAGCUUAACAUAAAACUGCUACAAGAACAGCUUCAGAAAAAUGGUAGUGAAGCUAAUAUAAAGAAGUCCAGAACACCAAAAGUUGGUAAAUUGAGAAAGGAUGAGUGGAACGUCAAAAUUAUUGAGGAAAAAACAAAGCAACAGCAGUCUGCUUUAUUAAAAAAUUCAACUCCAGAGAAACCAAAGAUAUUUAAAGAAAUAUUUAUAAAUAAGCGGCAUUAUAUGGAUGAAAAGCUUAAAGCUGGUGGAGCCCUAACCCCAGAAGAAGCAGCCAAAUAUAAAAAAAUUGAUGAUGCCCUAAAUAAGUUGCAGAAUAAAUUAACAAAGGGCACGAUGGAUGUUGGUGAUCGUGGUUACAACCAAACUGCUGCAAUGGCUGAACACAUGGCUACCAUCUGGGAUAAGAAGGCUGGCAGGAAAAAAGAUCCAUUACCUCCUGCACCUGUUGUCAAAAAGGUAUGUAAAUCUUUCAAAUAAUCAGUUGUAAGCCUUUACAUGUGUAAGAGUGUUAUUGUAUGCACAAUUUAUUAUACAAAUUCCUGCAUGUAAUAAAUUAGAUAUGGUUUUCUAAAUUUAUAUAGCAGUUGUGCUUUUUUGGUUGUAUUAUUUUUAUUAACGUUUAUCAUUACUAUGUUAUUUGGCAUUAAAUUUACUUUUAAAAAUUUGAAUUUAUAUUAAAGGGAGGGAAUCCUAGGAUCAUUUGUAAGUAAAACUUUAGUGCUUUGGAUAAUUCUUAAGUUAAAUUUGUUCAAUGCCCAAAAAGAAAAAAAACAGG